UCUGACAGCAAUACUGUAUCCCUCUACUUCGUUUCCGAAAAGCCGCCGGCAGCCAGCUUUCAUUCCAAGACCAUGGAAGCCCUCCCCCGCGCAUCCCUCCUAACAUACUUCCGCCCAACAUCAUCGCGACGAGCCCGCCGAACAAGCCGCUAUUACCGACGUCCUCCGCCUCCAUACUCUGCGCACUCUACUAGAAGCUCUCUACUUCCUAGCAUCCCAGAAGUUGAUCCCGAGAGGUUCGCGUAUGCGGAUGAGGAAGCGCGACUCGGAUCUUUUCAGGAAUCGAAAUCGAACUCGGAGUAUGACAGCGAUGAAGAUGAAGACAACGAUGAAGAGCAGAUAGGAACCUCGUGUGGACUGUUUGAGGUGAUUUGUUUUAUUUGGAUCGUAUUGACUAUCUUGGUUUGGGCGUGGAGCAUGGCUGUAUUGGUCAAGUAUGAUCAUUUCAAGGCUACAGAGGUGCAAUUCUGUCUUAUUGAUGACAAUCGCGACGCUCCGCUUCCUCGAGCCUGGCGUUAUAUGGCCUCCAACUCCGAGAAGGACUGCACUACGCAGAUCGUUUCGUUGAACGCGCCUAAAAAUGGAUGGAGGCUGUAUCCCGAUGACACGAUUCUGUUCGGGGACGAUCGAUCGUAUCUGCCCCAAGAAGAAUCUGACAAGAAAUUCAUUGAUGUUCAGCUUGACGGACCGGAGGCGGAAGAGAACAACGUUGGCGACGACCGUGCUUAG